UCCUUUGAUGAGAAAUGUACUUCUUAAGUCAACCCCGGAAACUAUACCAUACAAAGAACUCAAGGAUAUUAGCAGAAAAGAAGCAAAUUCGUGUUAAAGACCACCUCAAUUCAGAAUAAUUAUGAACAUGGAAUUUUGACGAGUGGAGGGUAGCAUGGCGUCGGCCAUGGGCGACCGAGAUACAGCCAGACCAUGUUGAUGAAUUUCUUCAGACUGCAGGUUUUCUGUUGUUUGCUGGCAGUAUUGAUGGUAGUGGUGCUGGUAAUUACUGUUACUCAGGUAGAGUACUUGGACCGUAAAACCGUUUCCACCACAUUCAUCGACACUGGCGGACAGCUUGUUUUCUCCCACGUGACAGGCAUUAGCCGGAAUUCCUACUGUGGCUAUGAGCACCAGACACUCUCCAGCCAGGAGCGUCUGGAACAGGACUCCUUGCUGGCCACCUUGCAGUGGCAGCUGCCUAAUAUAGGCCUUGUCCCCUUUUUGCAGAGCACUGACCCCGCUUCUAGCUAUUUCGUAAUCUUGAACUCGGCCACGUUCUUCACGGUUGGAAGCCAGCUGGAGGUCCUGGUUCACCUCCAAGAUUUUCAAAGAAAACCCAAGAAGUAUGGUGGCGACUAUCUGCAGGCCAAAAUCCACUCCCCGAAGCUGCAAGCCGGGGCUGUAGGCAGAGUGAUCGACUAUCAGAAUGGGUUUUACAAGGUCAUUUUUACCCUGCUCUGGCCAGGCAAAGUUAAAGUGUCCAUAUCUUUGGUUCACCCCAGUGAAAGCAUCAGGAUUCUUCAACGUCUGCAAGAAGAGAGACCAGACAGGGUCUAUUUCAAGAGUCUCUUUCGUUCAGGAAGGAUUUCAGAGACUACUAAUUGCGAUGUCUGCCUUCCUGGGGGUAAGCCCCUGUGUAACUUCACAGAUCUCUAUUCUGGGGAACCUUGGUUCUGCUUCAAACCGGAGAAGCUGCCCUGUAGCAGCAGAAUCAACCAUUUUAAAGGAAGAUACAUGAAAGGGCUUCUAACUGCUGCAGAGAAUGCUUUCUUCCAGAGUGGUAUCAAUAUCAAAAUACCAAUCAACUCCAGUGGACCGGAUUGGGUGACUGUAAUUCCCAAGACAAUAAAAGAAACAAGCAACCUAGAAUUAUCUCAAGGCUCAGCAGUUUUUCCUUCUGGGUAUUAUUAUCAAGAUCAGUGGAGGCCCAGAAGGUUUAAUAUUCGCCAAUUUAACGAUCCUGACAACAUUACAGAAUGCUUACAAAGAAAAGUGGUGUAUUUAUUUGGUGACUCAACAAUCAGGCAAUGGUUUGAAUACCUUACUACAUUUGUUCCAGAUUUAGUGGAAUUCAAUUUGGGUAGUCCCAAGAAUGUGGGUCCUUUCAUGGCGGUGGACCAGAAGCAUAACAUCCUGCUCAAAUACCGCUGCCAUGGACCCCCCAUCCGCUUCACGACGGUCUUCAGCAACGAUCUCCAUUAUGUGGCCAAUGAACUGAACGCCAUCGUGGGAGGGAAGAACACGGUGGUCGCCAUCGCUGUCUGGUCUCAUUUCAGCACCUACCCCUUGGAAGUCUACAUCCGGCGUCUCAGGAACAUUCGCCGGGCAGUGGUUCAGCUGUUAGAUCGAAGCCCUAAGACUGUGGUUGUCAUCCGUACAGCCAACCCCCAAGAGCUGGGACCCGAAGCCAGCCUUUACAACAGCGACUGGUACAACUUUCAGAUAGACACUGUCCUUCGGAAGAUGUUCUCAGGGGUUGGGGUCUAUCUCGUGGAUGCCUGGGAGAUGACCCUGGCCCAUUAUCUGCCACACAAGCUCCAUCCAGAUGAAAUCAUCGUGAAAAACCAGCUGGAUAUGUUCUUGUCCUAUGUGUGUCCCUCGAAUGACUAGCCAGCCCAGGUCGGGAGGAAAGGAAUUGCAUCUUGUGACCUCCAUCUAACCUGCAUGACAAAGUGUUGGAGGUUGCAUGCAAAGAUAAAUUGAUCCAGAAAAACCUUUUGAGAAAUGCUGAACUUUAUAUAAUGACUUCUAAGGAGCUGAGAAAAAUGCAGGUUCUACUUAAGUCUACUAAUAAACUUUCCUUUUAUCCCCACUCACAGCUUAGCCAUGGAGAAAUUGUUAUUACUAUAAUUAACACCACUUACACUUGUGCUCUUAUAACCAAAGAUGCUAAGGAAUGUGUCUGAAGGGAGAUACUAGGCAAAAUUCAUGUGGCAAAUGAACUGGCUUAAAGAGGCAAAUUUGGGUGGCAAUAUAAUGUUGGCAACUGAUCUGCUAAAAGAAGUUGAGGGCAUUUGCAUGAAUAGGAUAAUUAGUCCAUCUUCACUGCAAUAUACUAAUAAGACUUAUAGUCAUAUAAGUUAUUGACUUAUAUUGACUCCUGAAGCACUGAAGACUGUCUCAGGAAUUU